GCUGUAGACCUGUGCUGACGUCAUCGCCAAGGAGCCGAUGGCCCAAACUGGUUUGAACGAUGCGGCAGUCUGUCGGUGCUCUUCGCCAUGGACGGGCCGGCGCUCCUGCGCCUGGCGCUCCUGCGCCUGCUGUUCCUCGCCGCGCUCCUCAACCUGAGUGUUGUUUUCUGCAGAGCCCCAGGGCAGCUGGCCCUGGAAAACUCUGACUGGUCAGGGGCACUGCACGCUUCCGAGGGGCUCUUCAGGAAGCCCGUGGAGGACAGUAACGAUGCCAUCGUGUUCGAGGAUUCCGGCGCACCCCUACCGAAUGCACAGGGAGACAAGCUCUCGCAGCGUUUGCCGCUGUCUGAUUCAAAACCAAAGUUCACUGCAGUCGGGUCAAGACUGAAGAAUGACACCGAGGACGUCUCCAAGCUGACUAGUGAACAGAUGGCGGAGCGCCUCGUGUUUGGGUCCCGGGUGGUGCGGGGCGCGGACUGGAGGUGGGGCGACCAGGACGGCGGCGGGGAGGGCGUCAUCAUCUCCAACGGGGUGUUCGUCGACGGCUGGGUGCUCGUGCGUUGGGACGCCAACGGCCACCAGGUCAACUACCGCAUGGGCAAGGGCGCCUUCGACCUGAAGCUCGUCAGCGCCACGCCGAAGGAGCUGACGGUGACGUGCUACCAUUUCCAGUGCGCCAACGGCCGGUGCGCGAGGAAGGAGGAUGUGUGCGACCGCCACGACGACUGCAAGGAUAGGUCGGACGAGGAAAACUGCAACGAUCCGGAUAAGAUCAGCGGUGCGCAGACGGUCCACCUGCUCAAGUUCGGCUCGCGGGUGGUGCGGGGCCCCGACUGGAAGUGGGGGGAGCAGGACGGGAAGCCCCCGGGCCAGGGCACCGUCGUCUCCAACGGCGUCCUGAGGGACAGCGUCGCCGUGGUGCGGUGGGACCAGGGCAAGCACGAGAACCAGUACCGCAUGAGCCAGAGCAAGGGCUUGUACGACCUCAAGCUGGCGGCCAUCAGGCCCCAGGAGAACGUGUCUUUAGCGUGCCUUCAUUUCAAGUGCGGCAGCGGUGACUGCACGAGGAACCACCACGUCUGCGACGGCGCCAAAGACUGCAAAGACCAGUCCGACGAGGAGAACUGCGACACUCCGUUCAAGCUGAGCGGCCGCCAGACCGCGCAGCUGGUGAAGUUCGGCUCCCGGGUGGUGCGCGGCCCGGACUGGCAGUGGGGCUUCCAGGACGGCACGCCGCCGGGCGAGGGCGUCGUCGUCUCCAAGGGCGUGCUCGCCGACGGCUACGCGCUCGUCCAGUGGGAGAACAGCACGGGCAGCGAGAACAGCUACCGCCUCACGAGCACCGCCCAGGACCUGAGGCUGCUGUCCCU